GCCAUUUGGGGGAUUCUUGUACGAACCAUUUUUCAGAAAUUCGCAGACUUACGUGCUGAUUUGGGGGAAAUUAAAGGUGACACACGGCAACUGGAGCAGCACCGGGAAGCCACCGAAAACGAAAGGCCGGCGCCCCCAACUAGCGUAUUACUCAUCCGAAAGGCGAGACCAUCGAUUUGCAGCUCACACAAGGGCAAACAAAAGUGCACACGCAGAGAGCAGAGCCCCCGCCCCUUGCCCCAAAACACACACACACCACUAAGCAGCAGCAAAAGAAAACCCACACACACAGACACCACGAUGACUGCGCCGCGACGCCUACGAAAAGAAUUAAGCGAUUUGCAGGACAACACACUGAAGGCCUUCCGGGACAUCAAGGCGGACGAUGACAACCUGCUGCGCUGGACGGGAUUGAUUGUGCCCGACAAUCCGCCGUACAACAAGGGCGCCUUCCGCAUCGAGAUCAACUUCCCGGCGGAGUACCCCUUCAAGCCCCCGAAGAUCAACUUCAAGACGCGGAUCUAUCAUCCGAACAUCGACGAGAAGGGCCAGGUUUGCCUGCCCAUCAUUAGUACGGAGAACUGGAAGCCGGCCACCCGGACCGAUCAGGUUGUGCAGGCCCUGGUUGACCUUAUCAACGACCCCGAGCCGGAGCAUCCGCUGCGGGCGGAGCUGGCCGAGGAGUUCCUCAAGGAUCGCAAGAAGUUCGUCAAGAACGCCGAGGACUACACCAAGAAGCACAGCGAAAAGCGUCCGGCGGACUAGCGGGAAGGCGACGACGACGGCGGCGGCGGAGAAGGUGGAGUAGGUGGACCAGCCCACAACCCAUGUACACCCUCGAUCCCCACUUAGUCUUGUGAUUUUUCAGUUAGUUAUUUAAUUUUCAUUUUCGAUCCCCCAAAAAAAGCUAUCCUCAAAAAACAUGUAAGCAGAUUUCACCCGGAAGAGUACCUAGUUUUGUAAAAGUAGCACUGUAAUUUUAUGCAAGUGAGAAAUACAUGUUCGUUAU